CAGCAAAAUUUUGUGGCCACUCACUCUGUGUUAGGCACUGUUCCGUGCACCGGUGGUAUGGGAAUGAAUGAGAUAGUCUCAACAUCUAGAAGUUUGCCUUCUACUCCAGGGAGACAAGUGUAAUAAAGUGUGUUUCAGACACAACCUCAAAGCAAAGAGGAACCUCUCCAAGAACUUGAUCAGAUCAGAUGCAAGCCUGAUCCAUCUCCUUGCCUUCCUCCCCCAGAGACAACUACUAUCAAGAAUCUGGAACAAGGUCAGCAGGACCCAAAAUCUUCUUUUCCAUUGUGAGAGAACGUGAGCCUCCAGUGCCACCCAAUGUGAACCCCUCGGAAGUGGGUGCAGAGCCCAGGCCCGUGGCAUCCCAGGAUCAUCCCUGAUCCUUGCUUCUUGAAGAUCCCCCCUCCGUGCUGAAGAGGUGUCAUUUGCGUCCUCAGGCUGUUGCUGUUGGUGGAACCAUGGGGCCACCGAGUCAUGUCUGCCCACAGCUGCUGGCGUUUGCAUGCCUGGGCACUGAGGUCUGAAACGCGACCCUGGCGAGGACCAGCCCAACCCCUUUGGAGGAAAUGGCUGAGCAGCCUAAGCAGCAGCAGAUGAAAACUUCCUUCCUCUUCAUCCAGCUGCAGGCCCCCCCUGGCAGAGCUCUCCCCGCCCCGUCUCCAGCAGCGACAGCCUGGACCGCAGCCCCAAGGGGCCCAGAGGAGGGAAACAUUCUCCCAAGUCCCAGGACCGGCGUCUUGGCAGGCCAGGACCUCAGGCGCACACGGGGCUUGGCUGCUCCUCCCUCGCGGCUGCUGCAGAAGGAGGGCCGUGGGACACAGCCACCAGCUGCUUUCAGUUGCUCUGCUCGGAAGCAGGAGAAGGAGGGAGAGGAAAAACCCCAGGAUCUGGAUGUAAGGAGGGGUGGCCUUUGCGGAUCCCCGCGUUGCAGGCGUUCCCUGGCCCCGGCCUCCAGGAAAGUUGGCCGGCUCCAGCCCCUGUCAUGCAGACCUCCUAGCCCAGAUGCCACCAUGAGCGAUGGAAGCAGCAAUCCCUCCCUGGGCCGGAAGCCUUGGCCGGUCAUUACUGCCCCCCAGGACCCGUGGGGCGCAGAGCCUCAGGCUUGGAAUGCUUUGGGAAACUCAAUUCCACAGGCCACCCUGGCCCACGCUGCUGGCAGGGGUGAGAGGGCCGAGCUGAGGAGAGGGACUGCCACCGGCCAGGUAGCCACGAAGAGCUGUAACGAGGACACAGGUACCAUGGUGCGGGCCAGGAGGGCAAUGCUCUACAGAUCCCGUCCGCCCGUUCAGACCAGCAAGAGCUACCCGGCCCCACCUACCGCUCCGCCUCUCAAGGCAGAGACGUUUGUUUGGGUUAACAAUGCAUCAGCACAUUCCCAGAGUGUUGCCAAGGCCAAAUAUGAAUUUUUAUUUGGCAAAUCUGAAGAGAAAACUCCAGAUACUAGUGAUCAUGGAGGAAGCACUUUACUCCCACCGAACGUCACAAAUGAAUUUCCAGAAUAUGGGACCAUGGAGGACGGUGGAGAAGGCCUAAGAACUUCUCUCGAGUUUGAUGCAGAGUCUCUGCCAUGCUCCCCGCAGGGGCAGCAGGGGGUUCAGCCUCAUCCCAGCCACCACGCUGGGCUCGACAGUAUUACAGAAGGACCAAAAGAUGUUGGAGGGGGCUCCUCUCAAAGUCACCUCAAGGAACAAAGUUUACAACCCAUAGACUCUUUGAUUUCAGCUCUGAAAGCUACAGAAGCCAGAAUAGCUUCUGGAACGUUACAGGCUACAAAGGUACUGGACAAAGAUGCUGUUUCUAGUCUCUCAGUUCAGCAGGUGGACAAAGAGCUGGACACUGCCAGUCAUCAAACACACACAGCCAACAAACUGUUCCCUGCUGGCCAGGAAAAACCACCAGAUAUACCUCUUUCAGCUGAAGUGACGACGGGGGAAGGUGUUCUUUUGCGCAUCCAGGAGGAUCUGACAGUGCUGCUAAGUGGAGAAGCUCAGCAGGAGCUUUCCCGGGUAACUGCCAAUGGGAGGAAAGGGGCUCUCCGCGUGCAGGAGCCAGCUUGUCCUGGGUCCUCCCUGGGGAGCCCAGCGGCAGCCCACAGCUCUGUGGGCAGCACUGGCUUCCUGAGAGAGGGGAGGUCUGACCUGCAGAGAGAGCACCCAGGGGGAUGUGAUGGAGGCAGCUCCACGGGACGGCCUGGCCGGGUCAAACAUGUGGAAUUUGAAGGGGUGGAAAUACUGUGGACAGGAGGGAAGAAAAGAGAGACACGGCAACCUGCGGAUUUUGAGACAUCCUUGGAAAGGACUACCUCUCCUGAAAGUCAGGGGUUCUCCAAAGUGCCAAGCCACCUCAUCUCUUCUGCUGGUUUGUGUAAUUCAGUUGGUUUCACCGAGCGUGUUGGGGCCGACACCUGGAGAGGGCCUUCAGAGAGGCUGGCCACUAGCUCGGGGACAUUUCCCCCCGCGCCUCUUGUUGAGGGUGGAGAGGAUGAAGUCUUCCUAAAGGAAAACAAAGACCAUCUUGAGGAGAAGCCUGAACUGGAGAGAGACCAGGAGAGGAUUCUUGACCACGAGGGGCACUUUGCAGGAGGAGAGGAUGACAUCCUUGGGCCCGGCUACACAGAGGACUCCACUGAUGUGUACAGCUCCCAGUUUGAAACCAUCUUGGAUAACACCUCUUUAUACUACAGUGCUGAGUCCCUGGAGACAUUAUACUCAGAGCCCGAUAGCUAUUUCAGCUUCGAGAUGCCCCUCACUCCCAUGAUACAGCAGCGCAUUAAAGAAGGCGGUCAGUUCCUGGAGAGGACGUCAGUGGGGGGACAGCACGACAUCCUGAGCGUCUCCUCAGACGGCGGGAUCGUGAUGGGCUCUUCUGGCGAGAUCAGCAAUGGGCUCAGUGGCGCCGGGGAACCCAUCUACGCGAAAGGCACCCCGGAGAUUGCCUUCUGGGGAAGACCCCGAAGGAAGGAGCGUAUUCUCCGAGUGGAAGUCCCAGAUUGUUCUCGCAGCCAUGCUGGGGUGAAAACAGGACUGCUGGAGGAGGCUCAUGCUGAAAUGGGGAACACGGAAAUUCUGGAAAGGGAGCCCUCAGAAAGUCUCAGUAAUGGCACUAGCAGCAACGUAGAAGCAGCCAAGAGGUUGGCCAAACGCCUUUAUCAACUAGACAGAUUCAAAAGGUCGGAUGUCGCAAAGCACCUAGGCAAGAACAAUGAAUUUAGCAGACUAGUUGCAGAAGAAUAUCUGAAGUUUUUUGAUUUUACAGGAAUGACGCUGGAUCAAUCUCUCAGGUAUUUCUUUAAAGCCUUUUCUCUUGUGGGAGAAACUCAAGAACGAGAGAGAGUUUUAAUACACUUCUCCAAUAGGUAUUUUUAUUGUAACCCGGAUACCAUUGCUUCACAAGACGGCGUCCAUUGUCUCACCUGUGCAAUGAUGCUGCUCAACACAGAUCUGCAUGGCCAUAAUAUUGGAAAGAAGAUGACCUGCCAAGAGUUCAUUGCAAACCUCCAAGGGGUCAAUGAGGGUGGUGAUUUCUCCAAGGAUCUACUGAAAGCUCUCUACAACUCCAUCAAGAAUGAGAAGCUUGAAUGGGCAGUAGAUGAUGAAGAGAAAAAAAAGUCUCCAUCAGAAGGUACUGAUGAAAAGGCUAAUGGAACACACCCAAAGACCAUCAGUCGUAUUGGGAGCACUACCAACCCAUUCUUGGACAUUCCUCACGACCCAAAUGCCACUGUGUAUAAAAGUGGGUUCUUGGCUCGGAAAAUUCAUGCAGAUAUGGAUGGAAAGAAGACUCCAAGAGGAAAGCGAGGAUGGAAAACCUUUUAUGCUGUACUAAAGGGAACAAUUCUUUACUUGCAAAAGGAUGAGUAUAAGCCGGAAAAGUCUCUGUCGGAAGAGGACUUGAAAAAUGCAGUGAGUGUGCACCACGCUCUGGCGUCCAAGGCCACGGACUACGAGAAGAAGCCCAAUGUGUUUAAACUGAAGACUGCGGACUGGAGGGUCUUGCUCUUUCAGGCUCAGAGCCCAGAUGAAAUGCAAGGUUGGAUAAACAAAAUUAACUGUGUCGCAGCUGUGUUUUCCGCACCGCCGUUUCCAGCAGCCAUUGGGUCUCAGAAGAAGUUUAGCCGCCCACUUCUGCCUGCCACUACAACAAAGCUGUCUCAGGAGGAACAGCUGAAGUCACACGAGAGCAAGCUGAAGCAGAUUACCACCGAACUGGCCGAGCACCGCUCGUACCCCCCGGACAAGAAGGUGAAGGCCAAGGAGAUAGAUGAGUACAAGCUGAAAGAUCACUACCUGGAGUUUGAGCAAACCCGGUAUGAGACGUACAUCGGCAUUCUGAAAGAAGGCGGCAAGAAGCUCCUGGGCAGCAACGGCAGUGAGGCCCCAGGACUGAAGAAGUCGCAUUCGAGUCCUUCUCUGAACCCAGAUUCAUCUCCGGUCACUGCCAAAGUCAAGCGCAACGUGUCAGAGCGGAAAGAUCACCGACCCGAAACGCCCAGCAUUAAGCAAAAAGUUACUUAGAAUCCAUCUGCGACCAGGAAAGGGCUGGUCAUGGAGCAAAACAGAGUUUUUCAAGAUCCUUCUGGUAAAUCCGUGAAUAUAUUUAAAAAAAACAAAAACAAUAGUCUGUGACUAAAUGGUGCAUUAGUAACCUUUUCUAUUGUAUAUUUUUGUUCGUUUCUGUACAGAUUGUCUCUUUGCUCUUGAUUUCUUUGCUUUGACGAUUUUUGCCACUUGAUAACUAAUGCACCUUUUUGUGAUGGGGAGGGGAUCAUGAUUUCAGAUUGAAUUGUGUAUCACUUCUCCUUUGGUUUUCUCUUGUUUGCACUCUCUCAGUUGUUUUAUGUAUUCUCAAACCAACUGUUACACUUUUUUUUUUAAGGUUAAAAAAAAAUGAAUCCGUUGUGAACCACUUUACUGGACAAACUUAGUUUAAUCAGUUCCAGCCAGACUUAACAUAAACCUUCAUAUGUGAAUUCUUGCCAGUCACAGAGGUGGCAUGGAGCACUCACAGAAGUUCGCUUCAAAAUUCCAGUUCAGAAAUCGGGUGUUCCACGCUGACGCAGCUGUGCGGGCACCUCAGCACUUGUCUUUGGGGUCUGACCCUGCGGGAAGCAGGGAGAGGGGUGCGGAGAUCGCGGGACUGGAGAACUUACAAAGCGUGCUGGAGUGUUGAGUCCAUUUUAGCCAAGCAAGGAAAGAGGAGGUGGGGCCUUUUUGCCAUUGAAGGUUAAGGAAAGAUGACACAAGGUUCACUUUGUUCUCUAAAGGAGCAUGAUAAUGAUCAACUCUUGGGAGCGGCAGCAGGAGGCACGUGUUCACGCUGCAGGAAACUUACCUCGCUCCCACAGGGUCUAGACCAGGAAUCCAGAACCAUCUCUAUUGUCAUCACCCUUGUCAUCCAGGAGUUUAAACAUGUGUAGGCAGCUGUUGUCUCCUGGUUGUAAGAACAUCAGGGUCUUAAGAAAAACAAAUAAGAGAAGAACAGGGAGCUGCAGGUUUCCAGCAACGGAAUCCUGAGUCUUUCAAGUCCAUCUGAGAGUAAUAAAUAGUCUGAAUGGACUGUGGUUGGAAAAGUGAGGACUCUGCCGGUUGCAUAUACCGAGUUACUUAGUUUAUUCUUAUCUUAAGUCUCUUUGAUAGUCACUUCUCUUUGCUCCUACUGAACUUUCUCCUAAGAAUAAAGACUAUUUUAAAUCAUUUCUUUCUAUCUGCUCAAAAUCAUUCUGUUGACCUUGAAGUCAUAAGCUUGUUUCCGUGACGGUCCCUGUGGAAUUCAGGGUGAUAAAAAGAACAUUCUCUUGUAUAGGAAGAGAUAGGAGUGAAAAUUGAGCCUACCAUGAGUUAGAACUUUCUGAUGUUGAAACUUUGUGAUCCUUACAGCUGUAAUCUCCACAACUUCAGAACUGGAGGAGUCACUUUGAAUGCUUUUUCCCUCCCAUAGAAAAUUGCUCUAGUAGUUCUACUCAGUGUAUUAGUUAAAGGUACUAUGACCAAAGAAAUGGGGACUCUGCAUGCAUAGCAUGGUUCCAGGGAGUUAGAGAAAGCCUGCUCUUAAACCGUGGCCAUUUCCAGUGGCAUUAAAUCACAUGAUUAUUUAUUCACAUUCACUUCCUGCCUAUUUAAAUGUUCAUAGUUGAUGGUGCCCAGAAAAGAGAAACCCCUCGCUAAGGGUAUAGCCGCUUGUUUUGUGAUAAGUACUUUGCCACGCCUUUGAAAAACUCACUCUAACCUUCUGUCUUGUGCAGAUGAAGGCAAUGACAAUUUAUGUUUCAGAACCAAGAAGCGAAUAAGAUAGUUACCAAUGUGGCUCGUAAGACCUGACUCAUUUCUGUAGCUUCUGACUGUGUUCAAGAGUCCCACAAGGGAAUCAUCUUUCUUCCUAGAAUCUGAAUGAUCGGCCUGCUUGUUUUCUGCCUAGUUCUUUAUCCUGAGCCGAGGGGAGAGAGAUCCCUAGACCAGGCUGUCUCUGAGCUUCGAUAACUAAAGGGAAAAAAAAUCCCUGACGGGCUUAAUGUGUCUGCCCACAGUGUGCGUGUGUCCGUGUACGUAGUGUCCCUGUGUGUCCGCUUGUAGUAUUUAAUGAACAGAACGGUACCUUGCCGCCGAGCCUGGCGUUCAGAGCGGCUCUGAAUCCUCGGUUAGCACAGCAGGACAUGGCUCCCGCGGUGUGAGUCACUGAUGUGUCUCCAGGGGCUUCUGCACAUGCUGAUAGUAAUGGGAUGAGAAGGGGCACUUUUGAGGCUGCCGUGUGCGGUGUUUGCAUAGUGUAUCUUUGAAAACAACCGCAAGGCUAUUUGCUGAGCCAGGGGGCAGCCCGCCCCGCCAUGAUGAUGUCCAUCUUUAGGGGAUGGGCCAUGAACACCUCCUGAGGCCUGUCAGGUGUCGGUCUGUUGUCAGUGCACCUAGCAGGUCAAGAGUGUAUCCUGUAGGAGGAAGCGGCCCCUGGUUUGACGAGAUCGUGAGAAUCGUGCCCAUAGCCAACCACGUUUUCUUCUGUGAUCAUUUCUUUCCUAUGGAAUCUAGUCAGAAGAAUUCAAAGACAUUCCUUUCACCGCUAACCCAACCCUACGGCCUAAUUCACGGUACAGGGGGGCUCUCCUCCUCCUCUCCUUCCGACGGUACGCCCCCUUCCCUCCGCUCCUCUCCCAUAUGUCAGCAUGGAGCCCUGCGCCGCUCUCCACAUGGUAAGCCAUUAUUCCUCUUCACAUACACUCGCUUCAUAUUAACUUUCAGUCCAGAAAAUCUUGAUAGUCAUCAAAAGACUCUGUGGUCAUGCUGUUGCCCACUGGAGCCGAGAAGUGGCCCGUGUGUCAAAUCUCUGCGUGUUUCGGGGCUGGUUCCCGCCUCACGUGCUGACUGUUACAGGGCGGUGCCAGGGAUUUCUCGUUAGCGACCGAGACUUAGUUACUCGCAGGCCGAGUCCUUGUUCUAUUGCCAGGCCAUAGAUACUGUGUAAAGUGCACUUUUUAAAAGCAUCCUCUCAUUAACUCUUAGCGAUGCCUAGUUAAGCCAAGCAAUACUUGUGUGCAGUUUAAAUCAUCUCAUUAAAACCAACGCGUGGGAGAUUCCCCUGGUGGAACUGGAGUUCCUGGGUAGAGAGUGGCUGCCCGCGGCCCUCCGUGCUUCUCUGACUGUUAUCCUAGCUCCAAGCGGGCGCUGUUUCCUGGUUGGAAGUGAUGUGCGGGAGUUCCUGUGGCUGGCUUGCCGGGGCCUAGCUGGGCUUGGUCUUUUGAGUUUGUAUUUCACCUGUGGCCACACCACAGAACUUCUGAGGCUGGAGAGGAAUUGAGACAAGUAGCAGGGAAGGAGGCCAAAGCACAAAGUUACAGGGUUUUCUGCUGGCCCUUGCCCGCUGCCCCUCUGUCCUGUGAGGAGCCUGGAAGGUGUUCUUAGGUGAGGCAGGGCCUUCUGUGGCAGGAGCGCACCUCUUCUCUGCCUUUAUCGCAAGUCAGAGACAACUGGGAGAAAACGGGCCUUAAAGAAGUUUCCCCGUUGUCGUAGUAUGGAGACUUUCUUGGAUUUGGUUAGUUGUCCUGAAAUUUGAAUUUCUUUGGCAUUUUUCCUUGCAGUCAUCAAGUUUUUUAAGCCUGAAUUCAUAGGGGGUUAACUGGCCUUGUUCAUGCAAAUCUCAGUCGUUUGGCUCUGGUGACCCUGUGCAGUGUUCAGUGGGUGGUAGUCACCUUCCUUCAGCUCAGCAGUGAACGGUCCCUUCGCUCUUUCAGUGGCAGAAUUGUUUCCAGGUAUAAAUCAGAACCACAGUGGCAUCCUAGGACUUGUGAAGGUAGAGUCUGGCAUGAGGAAGAGUGUGAUUUGGGGUUUUAGUAGCGCCUGCUUUCCUCAGAGCAUCCAGGUUACUGGGACAGAGGAAGACCAGCCCCUCUGCAGGCAGAGGAGCCCUUGGGCCGACCGUGCCCCAGGACCCCUGGCUGUCCCUCCUCCCAACAGGCCACCAUCUGCCUCCCCACCAGCCUCUGGCAUCUUGCCAUCCAGUCAUCCCGAGGACCUUAGAGAUAAUAGUUCACCACGAAAUGCCCCCAGCAGGUGAGAGAGAGGUGCUCGGUCACUGCCUCUCCUCUCAGCUUCCCUGCCCAUGCCCCCCCCUACCCGAGAGCCGGAGUCCAAAGUCAUUGCCAUUCUCAUGAUGUACCUAGAGUAUCAAACCCAAGCGGGCAGCCCGCUGCUAGGACAGUGCAUGCGGGGAGAAUGUCCUCAUAGGGAGAAUGUCGGUAAUACUUGAAUCUGCAUGGCAGUUUGUUGACUUGAAUGCAACAGCAAGAAAAUAUUGCAAGUUACGUAAUUGUAUAUACCGUAGGUUUCCUUCCGUCUCUGGCUCGCCCUGUGUGUGUGUCUGUACUAUUGCAGGCUUUUGGAAAAUGUCCAUGUAGAUAGUAUGUCAGGCAUCAAAGAAAAUGCUUUCCUGUCACUUGCCAAUGUCGUGUUUGUGGGUAUUUAUGGCUGUAUGUAUGUAUAUGUUAUUCAUGUGUAGUUGUAUAUCAAUAUAUGGUGUAUGUACAUCCAAUUUAUUUUUGUCCUUAAUAACCAGUGUGAUAUGAACAGCAAGUAAAAACCUCAUAGGAUUGAGUAUAUAAUGCAGUUAUUGAGAACAUAUGCAGUGGUACUGUUUCAUUCAACUUAAAGUCAAAUGAUAUUUUGAUUAAAUUUUUGAAAAAAUAAGAUUUUAUGCUAGAAAAUUUCAUCUUUGAGCUUUGAAUCACCAGGGCAAAAAAAAAAAAUGACUCAGAACCAACUUUGUGAAACUAUUUCAAUGUCCUGUGUACAAUACCAAGGGGGCCGCUCAUCAUAAUUUGAGAUUACAGAAAGGGGCGAAAAAACAAAUAAGCCAUCUUAGCAACUUCAGUAUUAAGAGCACUUACACAUAAUGUCAAACUGACAGUUUGGGGCUUUUUACAAAAUGUGAUGCUUUAAAGCACGCGUUCUUUAUUGUUGUAAUUAGUCCAGGAAAAUAGAGCUUUCAGGAGAACUAAGUAAGGACCCACCAGCUCAUGUAGGUGCUUGUGUCUGUUCUGUAGUGGGUCACAACAAGCCCUCUCCUCAUGCCACAUCCUUCCUUCAAAGUGUAGUACACACGCUGACGUGUCAGGGCUUCCCAAGAUGGGGUACUGUAUUCUAGGCUCGCAGCUGCACAACUCGCAUCUAGUGUCACAGGUAGAAGAAUUUUAGGACAGGCUAUGGGCCAGGUUGACACUUUGAAUAUUUUUAUACUUGGGUCUCUUUCCGCCUCUCCCCAAAGAAGAGCCACUGGCCUUAGUUGUUUGAGCUACUGCUUAUCUGGCAGCGUGUACAUAGGAAACUAGAGAUUAAAUUUUCCAAGCCAGCAUGUUUGGUGUAUUCUCAGCUGCAUCUGAGUGUGUUUGAGUGAGUGGUUGAGGCCUCGUGCUCUUGUGUCUGAUCCUGAGUCAGAGUUGGGGUGUAGAGUGGAGACCAACCUUCGGCUCCAGGCUGCAGUCGUGUGUUGGUAGUUAAAACUUGAGCUUUUUAAAUUCACUCUACCGUCUUGAAUUAUUUUUGCAAAUCUACCAUAUUCCUGAUUUGUUCUUGAUGUGCGGUCACCUGGCUCUGACGGAUCAGCAGGGUCUUUGUUCUGCACGAGUGUGUUUCCUUCUAAGAAUUAUAGUGCUUUGCAGAAAUCAUACACUAAAGGAGUAGCAACAAUAAAAAAGCUUCAUUUUGGGCCUUAAUUAGUUGACAUGUUUGGACUUUCAGUAUAAAGCCAUGUAGGUUAGGAAGCCAAGUAACGUUUGGCAUAGAUAAUAAUAUCCGCUCUGCAGAGAGUGUAUGCACACGGAUGUUUAAUGCCAGUAACAUACUUUCUUUAAGCUAUAGGAACAGGAGUCAUUAGACCAAAUUAAAGUCGGGGGUGGGGAGUGUGAGCUGGCCACCUGCCCUUUGGGGGUGGACGUGCAUGUGGCCAGUCCUCUGCUCUGAGAGAUUGGGAACCAGUUUACUGUCCUGUCUGGCGUGUAGGGGGCAAGGUUCCCAUGUCUGGGCCUCUCACCUGUGUACGUACGCUUGCACACACGUACACACAGUGAAUGUUUUAAGUUCUACAAACUUAGACACCCGGGCCAGAGGGUUCUAAAGAGGUAAUGGGCAAGGGGGUGGGAAUGGCAUCCCAGGAGUGUUUCCCGGGGCGGGGAAGAGGCUGUGGCCAAGUGUCCGGCUCUGAGAUGCACUGCAUUUAACCAAUAAGAGAGGGGAUACGUGUCGCAUCCUUUCUGGUGGACACCCCACUGAGGCUCGCUUGUCAUUCCCAAGAAGCUGCUCUCCACAUCCCACAGCAACCUGGGGAGAUUCCAGCAGGCCGGUGCACCGGUUUCCCGGGCGGCAUUGCGGCUGGCUCUGGAGAUGAUUCGAGAAAGAAAGCCACAAAGCACUUACCCUAGGAGCGCUGUGCUGGUCCACCUCGGGGGAGCGCCGGCUGAGGCUUGCUGAACCGCUAAGCACUUUUCAUCAACAAUGGGAAGGGACUAGCUAGCGUUUCCCUUUGCAGGGCAGAGAGCUCAGCUCUCACGAAUAGUGUUGUAAAAUAAGCACCUUAACUUCAAUUCCUGAAAAUGUUGAUCAGUGGAGAAAAUUUUGGAGUUUCACUUACUAUUUGCCUGUGAGCCUGCCUUGAUCAGUCUAUAGACACAAAGUCCCAGCCACAAAAUUCAGCAAAGAGCAGCCUGGCAGGUCUGAGGCUCCUUGCUCUGGCCCCUGACCCGGGGCCCACAGAGGGGGUAACGUAUUCUCUCUGCAGGGAGGAUCGCGUCUGGCCUUCCACUCCACGUGUGCUCCCACUGGGCAGCAAGCGCACCCUGGGUUUCACAUGCCGCUUCCCGGCUGUGGGAAUCCAGCGUCCUAGUGGGCUGACCCUGCUGAGGCAAGAUAACAGCUCUGAGAGGGACUGGGGCACUGGGGGGUGAGGGGGGUGGUGAGAGUGGAGGGGGGCAUGUGACAAUGGCAUAAUAAUACUCUGUCUGAAGCCAUGACACAAGCUGGCACACUGAGCUCUAGCCAAGGAUGGGUGAGGUCUUUGCUUUUGCACCCAGAUUUCUGGAAAUGCAAAAUGUUUCAUUUCUGGGGGAAGGGUCAAGGCACGCUAAGCUGACUGCUUAGCCGUCUGCUCCGUCCAGAGGAGAGCUGUGGGGUGAAGGCCUAGACGCCUCCCUGCAUUCUCUUCUACCUCACGCUUUAGGAGCUGUUUCUAGAACAGAAAUUACGCAAAUGGAGAACCGAUGCUGUCAGCCUUGAUUACCGCAGGCUGGACAGCGGGAGGCCGCUAGUGUCUUUAGGAAUAUGUGUGCCUAUAGAGAGCGAGCUUUUAACUUGCCAGCCAUUAACUGGAUCCCAUUCACGGUGGCUCAGGCUAACGGGCAGUAAGGGCAGUGUGGAACAUUCCUUCACCUUCAAAGUUUUCUCCACCCACCACUUCAGCCCCAUCGCAGUGCUGGUGCCAUAGUCCCUGCAGAUUGUGAAAGCGAUCAGUGACAAGUAGCAGCCACUCCUUGUCAGUGGCCGGACCGUCAGCAUUAGCAGACGGGUGAGCUCACGGUACCGAGUCAUGUCUGGAAGCCUGUUCCUCGUCGCCACCCGCCAGAUGGAAGAAACGCAUCUCUCAGAAAAUUAGGGCAUUUGGGGUGGUCACCUUUGGAACAGAACAGUAAUUUAUGUGGAUAUUGUUAAAGUGUUUAAAGAAUAUUUUAAAAAUUAAGUUUACAUUUUACAAUUGCUUUAUUUUUAUUAAAAUAGUUGUAUAUAAAUAUUACAUUUCACUGUUGUUGAAGUAAACCUAAACCGUGUAGACGAGUGAGUCCCCUGCCGUGUAUAGAAGCCGUGAUAUAUAUAUAUAUAGUACAUUUCUCUAUUGUGUAAAUGUUCAUGAAUAGAGCUGUUCUUGUGUUUUUAUAAGUUGGGGCUAAUUUGUUGUUUUAACAACAACAAAAUUUAUUGCAUUUAAAUGGUUUUUAUGUAAUAGAAAUCAUGCGAAAUAGUGAAGGAUUUAAAGUAUGUAUAUGAUAUAUGUAAAUGUACAAACUUUAGCAAGAAAUAAAUAUAACAGAUUUCAAUCA